AUGUUCGCACCACUAGUACAUGCCAUAUUAUCAGUGAAUAUGUUGUGCUUACGAAAUGGUUUGGUCACCAAGAGACUUCCCAGAUCUAUAAUUCAUGGGCUAGCUAGGUACUAUUCGGCCCGUAUGCCUCCUUCAUACUCUACAAGAAAAAAGUUCAAAUCAGCCGACCAAGAAAAGGAGGAAAUGCUUCAAGAGAAAAUGAAAUCGGAUAAAUGGUGGGUUCGGUGGUCUGCUUUUGCUCAGACAAAGAAAUUCAAUUCUGGCUUGACUAAGUUCCUUAUUGCGACUUACAUUGGGUUUUUGAUCUAUGGUGGUUACCAUUUCAAGGAUAUGUAUUCAAGAGAAAAAGAAACCAAUACCCUUAGUAAGAAAAAAUAUGGAAAUGGCGAAACUAGACCACAAAAACUCAAUGAAUAUGAGGAAUUAAGAUUAAAAGAAUUGACAGGGAAAUUGAGAAACAGAGACCAGCUCAUGCUUGGAAAAUAUAAGGAUAUGAUUAAAGAAAAAGAAGAUACAUUUUAUUCUGAUCCUAAAAACGUCGGCGAAGAGUUCAAGGUCGAUUACCAUGAUUUUGAUGGUAUGAAGUUGGGCGGACACAAAGAAAACGAUGAAAAUGCCUGUAUAUUGCCAGCAAGAGAUACUUCUGAAUUUUAUGAUUCUAAAGCUGCAGACUACGAUUCCGACAUCAAUUUUGAAGAAAAAAUGAUCUUUUUGGGAAGAAGAAGAAAAUGGUUGAUGAGCAAAGCAUUCGGUGAUGUUCUUGAGGUUGCCUGUGGUACUGGUAGAAAUAUUAAAUAUUUGGAUGCCAAUAGCAUUGAUUCUAUAACGUACUUGGAUCCAUCGAGGAAGAUGAUCGAAGUGGCCAAUGAAAAAUUCAGAGAAAAGUAUCCGAAAUAUCAAAAGGCAGCAUUCGUGGUUGGUAAAGCGGAGGAUUUGAUUAAGUUAGCAGGUGGUGAAGAACCUCUGGUCUCCAAAUAUCAGGAUAAUUCUGACAAAGAUUCCGAAAUCGAGAGCGUUGAUGUUAACACCAAAGUGAAAUAUGAUACCAUCAUUGAAAGUUUCGGGAUAUGUUCUCACGAAAAUCCUGUAAAGGCAUUAAAUAACUUCUCCAAACUUUUGAAGCCUGGUGGAAGAAUCAUCUUGUUAGAGCAUGGUAGAGGUACUUGGGACGUUGUCAACAAUCAUUUGGAUAAGAGAGCAGAAAAGCGUUUAGAAACCUGGGGAUGUCGUUGGAAUUUAGAUAUUGGUGAACUAUUGGAUGAUUCUGGAUUAGAAAUUGUCGAAGAAUCAAGACAUCAAUUCGGAACUUUGUGGUGCAUUGUUGCAAAGAAACCAGGUGACACCAAGAGAUAUGAUGAAUUGUCACUCUUUGAGAAAUAUUUCACCACAUUAUAA